AUGUUGGUUGGUACCCCCCACCUGCUGACACUAAGUGAAGCUGAUGCCACCUGGACCCUCAUCAAGGAUAAGGUCAUCGAGGAACACAUUGGGUCCAACGCAGUAGCAGUACCUUUCCUAUCAGAUGCAGCCUGCUAUGACCUACUGGGUGUGCUGGUAAAACAGUCCCGCCCAGCCCAUACCCGCCUGGCUUUGCCAGGUCGGCAGGGCCGGAGGGCACUAAAACCAGUGGGGCCACUACCAAACCUCCUGAAGCAAGCAGGAUCUGAGGGUACCUUCGCCCACUGCACUCAGGAAUACUCACCAAAUGGCCAAGCAGAGAUAACCUACGAAGAGAUACGAAUGUUGGAUGGGCAGCCCUGCAGGAUCCACCUACAUAUGGGUGGCCUGCGCAAGAAGGUUGCCUUCCUGUUGCUGCCACCAGGGCAGGUGAGCCUACAGCAGACUCUUCCCUGGCUCCGAAGCACCCAUAGCAUCUAUGUCAUCUACCAGGUCUUCUCUUGUUCCUGGCUGCAGCUGGGGCUGACGCCUACAGACCGUGAGUCCCAGCUGCUCCGGUUACAUCGGUCAUUACCUGUUGCCUUCUCCUGCCUCAAGUUUUCACUGCAGCCCAAGGGUGUGCUGGGACCACAGAAGCCUCUGACUAAAGAUCCAUUGCCCCAUGGGGCCAAUUGGGUCAGACCCAACCUCAGCAUCAUGCCACCUCUGGCCUCCAUAUCAGCACCUGCUGAUACUCCUGAAGCUGCCAAUGUGCCCCCACCUGUUCCAGCCCCACCUAUACCACCUCCCCGGGAAGGGCCAGAGGGUAGACCCACCAGAUUCUCCUACAAGGGCCGAAACCCCUUCCAGAGGGGGUCCCAGAUACUAUCAGAGAAUUGGCUCUUCAGCCCCCGCAGCCCUCCACCAGGAGCCCAGGUUGGGGGCCCUGGGGACCCCGACGGACACUCCAUGUCCCUGCCCCUGCUGCAGGGUCUGUCCUCGGAGUUCGACAGCGACGACUGAAGCUGAAGCAAGGUUCAGGGGGCAAAGCCUCCAAGAUCUGGUAUAAGGGUACUGGUCUCUAAUAAACAUCAGCUGCUGCUCCCCCAAA